AUAAGUAGAAAACAGCGCCAGGGGGUCUAGUCACUUUAGUUCUAGGUCAACAGCGCCUUGACGUGCGGUCACGUGACAGGAGGCAGCCGCCAGGACGACGUCAAUCUCGCCGUGAUGGCUGCUCCGCCCGAUACGGAGAGUUUGGAGUCUCGUAUCAACAGAGCAACCAACCCACUGAAUCGGGAUACGGACUGGAGCAGCAUCAAUGCGUUCUGCGAACAGCUCAACAAUGACUUGGAGGGACCUCAGCUGGCCACGAGGCUGUUGGCGCACAAGAUACAAUCUCCACAGGAGUGGGAGGCCAUGCAGGCUCUACUGGUGCUGGAGACAUGUAUGAAAAAUUGUGGGAAAAGGUUUCACAAUGAAGUGGGCAAGUUCCGCUUUCUUAACGAACUUAUCAAAGUAGUUUCUCCGAAGUACCUGGGCUCACGCUCACCAGAGCCAGUGAAGAAGAAGGUCUUGGAGUUGAUCUACAGCUGGACUUUGGGGUUACCAGAUGAAGCCAAGAUCUCAGAUGCCUAUCAGAUGCUCAAGAAACAAGGUAUUCUCAAACAAGACCCACAGUUGCCCCCUGAUUUACUACCUAGUCUUCCUCCACCCAGACCUAAAAAUGCCAUUUUUGAGGACGAAGAGAAGUCCAAAAUGUUGUCACGCCUGCUGAACAGCUCGCAUCCUGAGGACUUGAAGGCCGCCAACAAACUCAUCAAGGAAAUGGUCCAGGAGGAUCAGAAGCGAGCAGAGAAGGUGUCCAAGCGGGUCGGCGCCAUUCAGGAGGUGAACGAGAGCGUCAGCCUGCUGACUCAGCUCCUGCAGGAUUACGACAGCACCGCCACAAGUCAGAGCAACUUUGAGCUCCUUCAGGACCUUUACCAGCGCUGUGAAAAGAUGAGACCCACACUGUUCAGAUUGGCGAGUGAUACGGAGGAUAACGACGAGGCUUUAGGUGAGUUUUGCCAAGAAAUACUUUCUCCAAAGCAGCUUGAACCGUGGAUUUUUAUUUCUCUUUUGUUGGCACAUUCCACAGCGGAGAUCCUGCAGGCCAAUGACAGCCUGACUCAUGUCAUCAACCUGUACAAACAGCAGGUGAAAGGGGAGGUUGUGAACGGAAACAAUGCGUUAAACACACAAAAACAAACAGGAGGAACCGCACUGCUGGACCUGUCGGGGUUGGACACGUCACCCCAGUCGCCCCCCUCCUUCCCAGAAUUCCCUACUCCAACCGACAGCCUCAACGCGACCUCACAGGAAACGGGCAUCUCUCUGCUGGACGAUGAGCUCAUGUCGCUUGGUCUAAGCGAAGGAACACACACCUCCAACCCUCCCUCGCAGCCGGAGGACUCCACCGCCUGGGAUUCUUUCCAGUCGUCUGACAGCAUCGAUGCAGACAUCCCGGCAGCACCCAGUCUCCUCCUGAGUCCAGAAGCACCCUCCCACUCCCAUCCCAUCUCUCCUGGCUCGGCCCCCAGAGGCUCCGCCCUCGAUGAGCUCGACUUGUUGGGAAAGACGCUUUUGCAGCAGUCCCUUCCUCCAGAGGGCCUGCAGGUUAAAUGGGACAAGCAGCAGUCCAAGCCAACUCUGCGAGAUUUACAGAGCAAGUUGGGGUCCAACAUCACCCCCAACCCCAUCCCAGCCUUUGUCUCGGACCAUCCCCCGCUACCCCUGCACUCAGAGCCCAGCCUUGGUCCUACCUUGUUGGACGUGUCCCCAGCUCACACGGAGACUUGGUCCGCUGAGGACUCCCUGGCGGAUGUUUUUGUACCUCUAGAAUCCAUUAAGCCCAGUAGUCUGUUACCUGUCACCGUCUUUGACGGACACAGUCUUCGUCUUCUUCUCCACGUUGCACGCGACCCACCUCCAUCACGCUCCGACGUGCUGGUGGUCAUCAUCUCCAUGCUGUCCUCUGCUCCUCUGCCCGUCACAAACAUCAACUUCCAGAUUUUGCCGCAAAAGUCAAUGGUGGUGAAGUUGCAGGCACCUUCAGGAACGCAACUCCCUGCCUUCAACCCCAUCCUUCCUCCUGCGGCCGUCACACAGAUCAUGCUCCUGGCAAACCCAAAUAAGGAGAAAGUGGAGCUGCAGUACAGAUUAAAGUUCUCCAUCGGUGAGCAGGAGCACUGCGAGGAAGGAAGUCUGCCACCUCCAGACACUUGGGGCACUCUAUAGCGCCUCAGCCUGCUGAGAGACUCUUGUCCACACAACUCUGCGUUAAUAACCUCUUCCUAUUCGCUGCUCGCAUCCUCCCGCUCCUGCUCAUGCUCAGUGUGUGUGAACUUUGCUUUUACCCACCGUGCUUUGCUCAAUCUCUGCUUCAGUCCUCCGCCUGUUCUUUUUGAUUUUCUGGUUCCUUCAAAGGCCUCCUCAAAUGAAGAGCAUGUAGUGCAGGUGUGCACCCUCCAAGGUACGUGUCUUCAUGCAUGCUCCCACUGUCCAAGUAACCCAGCAACACACACUUACUUCAUAGUUAAGUCCACCCUCGACUGCUGAAUCCUCUUUUCUUUUGUCUUAUCUCAAAAGGGAUUUUCCUCUUUUGUGUAACGGGGGGAAAAAAAGUACUGGUAUUUUCCGGACUAGAGAGCGUGCCACCCACUCAAUUUAAGAAAGAAGAAGUAUUUGUCCUUAUAUUAGCCGCACCAGACUAUAAGCCGCAGAUAUGUACGUUCCCAGCAGGCACAAGACGUACAUGUCCUUUAAAAGUGACUUUGAAACAACGUAGCAAAAUAGUUGUAUUUGUAAAUUGCGACAACGUUGGUGUCUAACAUUGGAUCCACGUUGUUGGUUGUGAAAAUGACUAAAAUUCAAUGGUCACAUCAAUGUCAGAACCCAACAUUGAUUAAACGUCGUCAAAAAGCAUGUUUUUUCAACGUUACGUUUGCGAUGCUCAACGUCAGGACCUCAUUCAUCAAGUUCUCAACGUUGUUUCAAUGUCUUGUGUCUGCUGGGUUGUGAAAUUAGUUAUUUACACAAAAAUAUUUUGUGAAUGUUUGUUUACAUACCUCAAUUGUUUCCGUGACAGGGCAGUAAAACGGCUGAUCAAACAAAACAGAAGUCAUGGACCCACUAGCUGUGCAAGCUAGCUCUCCAAUCAGCUAAACAGACUCAAUAACUCCACGCUGACGUUUUGGUGAAUUUACUGAGGAAUUUGUGAAAGUGAAACAAUACAAAAAGAAUGUCAUUGUACGUUAAUAAUACUAACACAGACACUCAUAAACAUGUUGGCAUGACACUAGCUUGAUUACAUUACGAUAGCACGUAAAAAAUAAUCAUGAAAACACUCCUGCAGACAUCAGGCAUGGGACACUUUAGUAAUUGUUUGUUAUAUUGUAAAACUUACAAACUGAAUCCAUACCAGUAGAAACGCUAUGGACCGCUAAAAGAUUAAAUGGCACUUCUAGUUCCGGUUUAAAGGACUAAAUCAGUAGGUGUGUUUUUUUGUUUGUUUUAAUGUUUUGCAUUACGACCGUCAGCGAAGGAAAAUUAGCCGCACGCACCGUUUUGUAAGCCGCAGCUUUCAAAGCGCAGGAAAAAAGGAAGCGACUUAUAGUCCGGAAUUUACGGUACUAUGACAUCGUUGUGUACUGUCUGCCAUUUGUGCCUCUUUCUCACGUCGUUUUAGCUGAUUGUCAAAUGUCAUUAAGCUCAUGUUUGCAUCCACAGUCCAUGCACACUUUGCAGUUAGGCCUGAAAUGUCCAAUGACUUUUAGUUCCUAAAACAUUUCAUCCUCCUGCUCUCUUUUACCAAACAGCUUUGUAAAUAUUCAUGUACAUUUGACUUGUGCAGCAGCAACAUGCAGAAGUGAUAAUAAAUGAUGUUUUUUCUGGGGGUUUGGAGGCUGAAUUGGA